AUGUCUCUUGAUUGUGUAACAAACAAAUCGCUUUCUAUUAACCAUUUUCAGACACCUUUCAAUUACGGCUUGCCAAACUCCUUUCAGUCUGCAUUCUGGAAUAGACCCAAUCAAUGCUUUACCCCUGCCUCGCCAACUGCACUUGAGAGUGAUUCGGUGAGAAGUGACCCCGGUGCAUUUUGGCGCAGUUCCCUAUCUAUAGACAAUUCUUUGAACGCUGGUGGUUUGGUUUCGAUUAGCCCCACUUACGAAUCCAGUAGAGGAACUACGUAUGUAGGAGAGACUUCGUUCCGCACGCCAACCCGGGUUGGAGCGGACCAUUGUGGACACUUAUUGCCUGUUCAACACAAAUCAUCUUUUGGUGGUGAAUCCGGACUAGUCGACAAACUGCAUAACAGCGCACAUGAAACUGAGUUCAAUGAUGCUGCCGAGUUGCCAAACGAUUACAGUUUACAGAAUAAAUUGGACUCAACGCUGUUAGAAAUUUCACCGGAAUCACUGGUCCAAUCACGAAAGAGGAAUAUGAGCGAAGAUGUCAGAGAGCUUUACUCUGGACAAUUUCUAGGCAAAAUGGGCUCAUGUUCGGACCAAAGUAGUGCAUUUUCUGCAGUUAAUUAUCACGAAAUUGGGGGCACACUAAAACUACCAUGGAACAACACGGUCUAUAACACGAGCCAAAGAUCUCCAAACAAGCGAAUACAUUCUGUGGACGCGCAUUCAGACACCAUGGUCACAGAUCAACACACGAAUGGCCGGCAUUACCCCGAAGUAAUGUCAUCUCCCGGUUCUAGUUCUCCCAGUUCACAUCAGGCUCCACACAUUGCCGCAGCGGCAGCUUGUGUUGCUGCAGCUGCAGCAGCGGUCGCGGUUGCCAGCACGGUACCAGUCGUGGUAUCUUCGUCUCGUCCAACAACCGUUUAUCCCCUACUUAUGAACACCCCGCUAGCACACCACAGACCAUAUGGGCCUGGACCCCUUCCCUCAAAUCCUUACCCAUUUCUUCCACAAGCCACUGCCAGGCCCCCUUAUGACUCCCUGCGACACUUUACUCACCCCAAUUUUCACCACCAUUCGUCACAUUGCUUUGGUUACGGUCUGGAUGGAACACGUAGGAAAAAUGCAACCAGAGAGAGCACUACCACACUGAAGGUGUGGCUUCAAGAACACAUCAAGAAUCCUUAUCCUACAAAGGGUGAAAAAAUCAUGCUUGCCAUCAUCACCAAAAUGACCUUGACUCAGGUUUCCACUUGGUUCGCAAACGCCCGACGAAGGUUAAAGAAGGAGAAUAAGAUGUGUUGGCCUCCGAAGACAUGCAGUUCUGCCGCAAGAUCUGCCUCGGAAAAUCCACAUUCCAAUUCUAACCCUGGCGAGGGUGGAAAAAUGAAGCAUGCUGAAUUGAGUAAAAAGUAUGCAAUUGAGGAAAACGUACACAGUGAAGGAGAAGACCUAACAGAGUUAGACACCGAUAUAUCGGAGGAUGCGGACGAGAAUGUAGAUGAACUCGACGGGGAGGAAGAAGAUAUUGCUUGUACAGAUGGCGAGAUGCAGGAUCCCUGUCCUGAAUCUCCAAGCACCUUAGUACCCUACAAGAAAACUAGUCUAAGGUACUUAGAAGUUACCCAUCCGGGUUACGAUCAUGCGCAUAUUGAUGCGGGUCAGCUACCUCAUCAGAUAUUAACAGAGUCACCGCAAAUGACAAAGUUCCGAGAGCAACCUGUGAGCCUAUCAAAAAAUGGCAACGAUAUCCUGGGUAAUCUAUCACGUCCAUACCAAAGUGCAACAUCUUUUCAUGCCAGCAACCAGCGUUCAUUAAUGAGCUUUCCUUUCCCAAUGGCAACCGGUACAUUAGAAUCUUCGCAUUUACCUUUGUACCCAUCUUCCUUGACCUCGUUACAUAGGUCCCCUACUGAAGAUGCAAUUGACUUUUUAUCAUCUGGCUUGUCAGUUUCCGGUCCAACAGGCUUGCACUCGGAACGUUUCCCUUUUACUACCUCGGCUGACAGUGAUGUCACUGGGUCCCCAUUUCUCCGGUCCAACUUUCUUCCACGCCCAAUCGCGCCUGGACUAACUGGCGACAUCUACGGUGGUUCGAUCCGACAGCCAAAGCAUUUUCCCGCUCCCAGUCACACAAUUGAUUUUCCAGUCAACAUCGUAACUCCUUCCGGUCCGUACCUCAAUGCUAAUCCGCGGGUACCACACCCCAAUCUUUAUGACCCCUUGGGAUAUGCUGGGGAAAACAAACACACCUGA